GCCAGCACAGGUUAUGCGUGUUUGAAUCGCAAAACUCAAUGCAACCUAAUCUCAGCUUCUUUCAAAAAUGCAUCCAGAGGCAGGCCUUGAUGCUACCCAGGCACAGCUGAACGGCCGCUGCCAGUGCAGUGUCCUCAGACGGCAUCCAUAUCCCACUGCACUGGCACUGGCACUGCACUGCAGGCAGGACCGCCAGGCACCAGACCAAUGACACAAAGGCGAUAUGCGCGGCAGGCGGCUAUGAGUCUUGGCUGACGCGGGUCUGAUUCAGCCAGUCAGAAGCUGUUCGUUUUUGCUUUAGCUCCACGAAUCUCAGUUGGGUGCAAGUGCCCAGAGUGGACUGACUUGACUGACUUUGAAUUGGUACCAUCAAUAACUGCCAACUGCACUUCAACUGCAACCUCACCCUUGCAUUCAGUCCUCCGAUCGAGCUUCAUCCUUUGACGACAAGGUCCCGAGCAACCCGCAGCAAUGGCUUCCCUCGCUAUCUUCCGUUUCGCUGCCCGCCCUGCCACCUCGACUCUGUUCAGACCGUGCGCACAACCAGUGCUGAGGAGAGCUCCUGCCGCAGCUCAAGCCGUCUCUGCCAGAUCUCCUUUCAGCUCCAGCGCCAUCCAGCGAAGCGCCGGCCACGAAGACGAAACCUUCGAGGAAUUCUCUGCUCGAUAUGAGAAGGAAUUCGAUGCUGUCAACGACGUUUUCGAGCUGCAGCGGAACCUGAACAACGCGUUCGCCUACGAUCUCGUCCCUUCGCCCGGUGUCUGCACGGCUGCUCUGAGAGCCGCACGACGAGUCAAUGACUUCCCCACCGCCGUGAGAAUAUUCGAAGGCAUCAAAGCCAAGGUCGAGAACACUCAGCAAUACGAAGAAUACCUGGAAGAGCUUAAGCCUCUACGCGAGGAGCUCGGCGUUUUGCUGAAGGAGGAGUUGUACCCUGGUAACAGCGACAGCCCUUACCACAACGCUUAGACCUAGUCACUCUGGAAAGGGGAACAAGGUUGUUUUAUAUUGAUGGAGCAGGGAAAGAUCUGCGGCAAUUCCCGAAGCAAAGGUUCGCAGCAAGACGAAGAAACUCAACCCAAAUGUGUGUGUAUAUUGAAAGAAGUGUGUUUUUUUGUCUUCCAGCGCGCGGAGCGGAGGCAGACAAGCAUGUCAAGUGUACACACUGCAUUGUUCAUGGCCGAAGGGGAGCCUUCAUGGUCCGGAAAGACUCCAAACUACCUACGCCGUAGUUAAAAUGUACAGUCGUCAAAGGACACAUCUUUCUACUUCUGCUGGCUAUUUGCUUUCCCUUCCCCCCGCGGUCAUUGAUAAUAUUUGCAGCUGUUUUUCACAUUAUCAUCGUCCAAGCCAUCACAUCGAUCGAGGACAACGCCCAAUCCAAUCCCCCUCUCUCUUCUCUUCCUGAUCAAUGCAAGUCAGUAUAUCACCGAGAACAAUGCAUUGAGAUGACGAGUCAAUUGAGUGGCAGUACAUGUUCCCUCCAUUCCUUCAUCUCACUUUCGUCUCCAAGAAAAAGAGCAAGGAAUAACAUAAGAUAGGGAAAGACGGUUCAUAUGUCCCUCUAUCAUCGCCACCCCCAUCGCACAGAAAAUUGAAAAGAAUAAGAAAAAAAUGAAG